AUGCAGCAAAAGGGUGACACUAACCCGAACCGGCAGGGGCAGAGGCAGGAUGCACAGCCCAAAAAAGCGGAUGUUAGAAGGCGACAGGGGUUCAAAUACCCAAGCAAGGUGGGGAAGCAGAGGGAACCACCGAAGCCACGCACAAGACCACCCCAAACAAGGCAAGUGCAGCGGAGGGGCGCGGCGACCGCGCUAGGAAGAUGCAUACGGAGCUGCCUCGGCCCCAGACAGGCGAUCCUUAUCCGACACACAGCUUGGAUGGAGCUACACCCAGCACCCACAGCAACUCAGAAUAGCCCAAGGGAUACCAGCAUCCACACACCGAGGGGAUCGCACCAGCGGCACCACCUACCGCAGGGGAUACUCACCAAGGCCCGUCAAGGCAUCGGCUGA